AUGAGUUCGAGGCUUCUUUUCCCCACCUGCAAUUUGCGGUUAUUGAUCACUUCAUUACCGUCAUCAUCAUCUGCUCUGCUGAAAUUCAAGAUUCCCAGAAUGGAAAGGGCGAGAAAAUCAUCCAGCGGUUCUACUAAUGAUACUUCUACACCCAAAUCAUCAGCUAAAGUAGAGAAAUUCCAACAAGUCCUUCACUCCAACCCCACCACUGAUGGAGGUUGGCAGAAGUGCUGGGAGGAAGGGUUGACGCCUUGGGACUUAGGGCAGCCUACACCAGUUCUCUUGCAUCUUCAUGAAAAGGGUGAAAUUCCACAGGGGAGGGCUUUGAUCCCUGGUUGUGGUACUGGAUAUGAUGUUCUGGCAAUCGCGGGUCCUGAGCGCUAUGUUGUUGGCCUUGAUGUAUCAGAAACAGCUAUUGAGAAUGCCUUAAAGUUCUCCUCAUCAGCAAAUGGAAAAUAUUUUGAGUUCCUGAAGACAGACUUCUUCACCUGGCAUCCAACAGAGUUGUUUGAUUUCAUUUUCGACUACACGUUUUUCUGUGCUAUUGAACCAGACCUGAGGUCAUCUUGGGCUGUCAAAAUGCGAGAUUUUUUGAAACCAGGUGGAGAGUUGAUGACUCUGAUGUUUCCGGUUAGCAAUCACGAGGGUGGACCACCGUACAAAGUAUCUGUUGCCGAUUAUGAAGAUGUGUUGCAUCCUUUGGGUUUCAAGGCAAUAUCUAUUGUGGACAAUGACAUGGCUGUUGCACGUCGCAAGGGAGCUGAGAAGCUUGGAAGGUGGAAAAGACCAAUCUGUCAGUCAUCCUUGUGA